AUGAACGUGACGCACGUUGACUCCCCACCGGAGAGUUCCAGCCCAAAUGUCUGGAACUGGUCAGCCACUGAGCCGGGGGUCAAUUUACCGGACGUGGACGCCGCCACCCGCCGGCUGUGGAUGAAGAUCCUUAUGUUCGCCGUCACCCCCGGGAUCGGCGUGCUGGGUGUGGUCGGCAACACGCUGAGUAUCCUGAUCCUGCUGAGGCACGGGCUCAAGAAAUGCUCCAACAUCCUGCUGGUCAGUCUGGCCGUGGCGGACAUCAUCUUCCUCAUCGCCUACAACAGCAUCCCCAAGAUCUUGUACGAGACCUCGGACAUACGGGGAUUUGAAGGCUUCUCUGAACUAAGUUCUCAAAUUCUGGUUGUGUUCUACGCCAUCUUCAUGACGCUCGACUAUUCUUCUAGUUUCGUUUCUCUGACUAUGCCCAUGUUAAUAACUUUCGAACGAUUGGUCGUUAUUUUCUUUCCUCUAAGUGCCUAUCGCAUCAUCACACCAAAGAGGACGUGGUGUGCGGUUGUCUUCAUCGUGUUGUACCCCCUGAGUCUCUUUAUCUAUCCCAGCUUCUGGUUUGAGCUGAAAUACGAAUGGGACCCAACUCGGAAUAUUUCAGUCGGGUUUAGAGAGUUCUCGCCCCUACACGCGCGAGACACUGUCGCUGUUCGUGUCAUUGAAGACAUGUGCGUGUACUCUCUCGUGGUUGUCGCCCCUCUCUUCACGGUCGCUGGCUGCAUCGUCAUCUCCAUCAAGGUCAAGGUCGUCUCGAUGAACCGGAAGAAGAUGACGUCCAAGGAAGUGUCAAGUAACCGCACGACCAUCAUGCUGCUAGCGGUGUGUGCCGUCUACACGUUGACGUGCGUCACCAUGACCGUCCCCAUCAACGUGCCCAUCCUGUUUUACGGUCCGUACUCCGAGAACCACCCGACAAACAUGGCGGUGAUCAUGUACCAGGUCAUGAACAUUUUCAUCUGUAUCAACAGCUCCUGUAACUUCAUCAUCUACGUCGGCCUCAACAAGAACUUCAGGAAAACCUACUUUGAGCUGUGUUCCUCCAGGAGUCGUCAGCCCGCCAGAAAUCAUUACCAGCAGAAGACAGUUGGCGCCACCAAAGCUGGACAGUCCAACCACACGUCUAAAGGAAGGAGAAAGACGUACGACGAUGACGAAGAGUUUUAG